AUGUAUGUUUUUCUUUCUUAUGACCAUUACGAAAUAAAUGUUACGAAAGACAGAGCAAAGGCUCUCCAAUGUUUGGAUCUCCAACAAGACCCAAUCCCUGUACAAAGAUCUCUUGGAGUUUACUGGGACAUACAUAGUGAUACAUUCACCUACAAGGUAGAUCUGCAAGACAAACCCUUUACUCGAAGAGGGAUACUUUCAACUGUAAACUCAUUAUAUGACCCCUUAGGGUUCGUAGCGCCCGUAAUUAUUGAAGGGAAGUCCAUACUUCAACAGCUAACCUUAACGACCAAGGCUGGUGAGAUGGACGCUAAUUGCAUUGGAUGGGAUGAUCAACUCCCAAAUCAAUUCAAGGAUCGAUGGAAACUCUGGAGGGACGAGCUGAGCGACCUAGAAAAUCUCCAUGUGAACAGGUGUUACUUACCACAGGGACUCAGCAUGGCGAGGAGAAUCGAACUGCAUUCAUUCUCUGAUGCUAGCACAAAAGCGAUUGGCCAAGCCACAUACAUACGUACUAUCGACAAACAAGGAACACCUUACGUUUCAUUUGUCUUAGGAAAAGCCAAAGUGGCUCCGACUGCUGUCACAUCCAUACCAAGAUUAGAAUUGUGUGCCGCCGUAAUGGCCACGCAAGCAGUUCAGAAGAUUACAUCCGAACUAGAUGUUGUGGUUGACCAAACCUACUAUUACACAGACUCAAAAGUUGUAUUGGGAUACAUUCAAAACAAAUCUCGCCGGUUUUAUGUUUACGUAGCGAACCGUGUUCAGCAGAUACAUAGUGUUUCAAAACCCCAACAGUGGCACUACAUUGCUACAGAAAUUAACCCUGCGGAUAUCGCCUCAAGAGGGAUAUCAGCUAAGGAGAUAUCAAGUUCAUCGUGGUUCCAAGGCCCGAAGUUUCUCUACUUCCCAAAUGUGUCACCAAUAGAUUCUGAUGAGAAAUUUACUGUAGAAGAUUCUGAUCCAGAUGUUCGACCAUUCAUCUCAGUACACCAUACCACGACCGGUAAACCACAUGGCAUUGGAACGCAUAGAUUUCAGCGGUUUUCAAGUUAG